CAUAUGGGAUUUUGGCACUUGUAAGGCGAAGAUUAGCCAAUUGAGCCAUCAUGCUGGGCCUGUGUUAUGACUUUUCUAAGUAUAGUUUGUAUGUGUUUGUGUGUUUAUGAAAUAUAGUGAAAUAUUUGCCAUUUUGUAGUCUCACUGAGGUGUGGCUCUUGAAAUUGGAGAUUUUUCCUAUAGAAUCAAAUUCAGAGUGUACAGGUGUUUCAGAAAUGUUUCUGUAUACCAAGAAUGAGGUUGUCCUAGUUGUGAAGGACUGCACUAAAGUAAUGUCGGGCAGGGAGUCAGUGAGGGGCAGAAGCUUGGGACAGAGGAAGGGAAAUUCUGGCGCCUAUUUUAAAGGUUGCUAUUGCAACCUGACAGGACCAGGUUAUUGGCAUUUUAAGAAAAUCGUAAAAACUUUUAAAUAGAACAAACUUACAGCUUGUGCAUUGCUUGUACUUUGCUGUGUAGAAAUUUUGUAGCUUUGUGAUGGUUAAUAAAUACCACAUUUAUCAAGUAAUUAAUGUGGUUCCAGGGACAGAAAAGAAGGUUGGAAAACUUUUCCUUUUGUUCACUGUUCUUUAACUAUCUUUGUAGGGAAAUGCUAAUUUAAUGAGCAAACUAUAAAAAGAUGAAAAGUGUAGAUUCAUGUAUGCGGAGUGGAGAGUUUUUUGAUCCACAUUGUUUUGUGAUGAAACAAUCACCUCUUUGUUAUUUGGCUCAAGGUUUGUGGAUGCACUUAGAUGUCUGCAAUGAGCACUGUGGCUGGCAUGCCCCAGUGUUUUGGAUACCAAUGCAUAGGACUCCAUAGUAAUCGGAUUUACCAGAGGCGAACGUCAUGAGCAUAGUGACCCCACUGGGGGUUGACACAGCAGAAGCGUCAUACCUGGACAUGGCUGCAGGCUCAGAACCAGAAUCUGUAGAAGCUAGCCCUGUGGUAGUUGAGAAGUCCAACAGUUAUCCCCACCAGCUAUACACCAGCAGUUCGCAUCAUUCACAGAGUUACAUUGGUUUGCCCUAUGCGGACCAUAAUUAUGGUGCUCGUCCUCCGCCAACACCUCCGGCUUCCCCUCCUCCAUCAGUUCUUAUUAGCAAAAAUGAAGUAGGCAUAUUUACCACUCCUAAUUUUGAUGAAACUUCCAGUGCUACCACAAUCAGCACAUCUGAGGAUGGAAGUUACGGCACUGAUGUGACCAGGUGCAUAUGUGGUUUUACACACGAUGAUGGAUACAUGAUCUGUUGUGACAAAUGCAGUGUUUGGCAACAUAUUGACUGCAUGGGGAUCGACAGGCAGCAUAUCCCUGACACAUAUCUAUGCGAACGCUGUCAGCCUAGGAGUUUGGACAAAGAAAGAGCAGUGCUUCUACAACGCCGGAAGAGGGAAAAUAUGUCAGAUGGUGAUACCAGCGCUACUGAGAGUGGGGAUGAGGUUCCCGUGGAGUUAUACACCGCAUUCCAGCAUACUCCGACCUCAAUCACUUUAACUGCUUCCAGAGUGUCCAAGGUGAAUGAGAAAAGAAGGAAGAAAAGCGGGGAGAAAGAACAAAACAUCUCAAAGUGUAAAAAAGCCUUUCGUGAAGGACCUAGGAAGUCAUCAAGAGUUAAGGGCUCUGCUCCAGAGACCGACCCUUCAUCUGAUGGUUCACAUUUUGGCUGGGAAACAAAGAUCAGAGCGUGGAUGGAUCGGUAUGAAGAGGCCAGCAGUAACCAGUACAGUGAAGGUGUCCAGAGGGAGGCCCGGAGGCUGGCCCUGCGGCUGGGCAGUGGCAAUGACAAAAAGGAUAGGAAUCCAUCAGAUCUGAAUACUAACAAUUUACUCUUUAAACCUCCUGUAGAGAGCCAUAUACAGAAGAAUAAGAAAAUUCUUAAGUGUGUAAAAGAUUUGCCCCCUGAUGCACUUAUCAUUGAAUACAGAGGGAAGUUCAUGCUGAGAGAACAGUUUGAAGCAAAUGGAUAUUUCUUUAAAAGACCAUACCCUUUUGUUUUAUUCUACUCUAAAUUUCAUGGGCUAGAAAUGUGCGUUGAUGCGAGAACUUUCGGGAAUGAGGCUCGGUUCAUCAGACGUUCUUGCACGCCCAAUGCAGAGGUGAGGCAUGAAAUUGAAGAUGGAACCAUACAUCUUUACAUUUAUUCUAUACAAAAUAUUCCAAAGGGAACUGAAAUUACUAUUGCCUUUGAUUUUGACUAUGGGAACUGUAAGUACAAGGUGGACUGUGCAUGCCUCAAAGAGAAUCCAGACUGCCCUGUUCUAAAACGUAGCUCUGAGUCCACGGAAAACAUCAGUAGCGGUUAUGAGACCAGGAGGAAAAAAGGAAGAAAAGACAAAGAAGUUUCCAAAGAAAAGGACACACAAAAUCAGAGUAUUACUUUGGAUUGCGAAGGAACAACCAACAAAAUCAAGAGCCCAGAAAGCAAGCAGAGAAAGCUUUCUCCAUUGAGACUGUCCGUGUCGAAUAAUCAGGAACCAGAUUUUAUUGAUGACAUAGAAGAAAAAACUCCUAUUAGCAAUGAAGUAGAAAUGGAAUCGGAGGAACAGAUUGCGGAAAGGAAAAGGAAGAUGACCAGAGAAGAAAGAAAGAUGGAAGCAAUUUUGCAAGCGUUUGCCAGACUUGAAAAGAGAGAGAAAAGGAGAGAGCAAGCUUUGGAAAGGAUCAGCACGGCCAAAACAGAGGUGAAAGCCGAAUGUAAGGAGACGCACGUCGUCAGCGAUGCCGAAGCUACUCAGGAACAAGCAAAGGAGGAAACUACGAACAAGCCAACCCCUGCGAAAGUGAAUAGAACUAAGCAGAGAAAAAGCUUUUCGCGGAGCCGGACGCACAUCGGACAGCAGCGUCGCAGGCACAGGACGGUGAGCAUGUGCUCCGACCUGCAGCCGUCCUCUCCGGACAUAGAGGUCGCUUCCCAGCCCAACGACGUGGACAGCACCGUGCUCGCAGAACCCGACACCGAAACUGCGCUGGCAGAGAUCAUCGCUGAGGCCGAAGUCCCUGCACUUACUAAAUGUCCCACUAAGUACCCCAAGACAAAGAAGCACUUGGUGAGUGAGUGGUUAAGUGAGAAGAAUGAGAAGACAGGAAAGCCUUCAGAGAGCCUUUCCGAAAGGCCUCUCCGCAUCACUACAGACCCCGAGGUGUUGGCCACACAGCUCAACUCGCUGCCAGGCCUCACGUGCGGCCCCCACGUGUACUCCACUCCCAAGCACUACAUCCGGUUUACGUCGCCUUUUCUCUCCGAAAAGAGGAGGAGAAGGGAAGCCCCGGAGAACAUCUCUGGCUCAUGCAAGAAGCGAUGGCUGCGGCAGGCGCUGGAGGAGGAAACUUCAGCCAUUUUACACAGACUGACUUCACCCUGUCAGGAACGAUCGAGAAGUCCUACAAUCAAUGGUGAAAACAGAAGCCCACUGCUGUUAAACGACAGCUGUUCCCUUCCAGAUCUAACUACACCACUGAAAAAGCGAAGACUCUAUCAGCUGCUGGACUCAGUCUACUCAGAGACCUCCACGCCGACUCCGUCACCGUACGCCACGCCCACGCACACAGACGUCACUCCCACGGACCCGUCGUUUGCCACCCCGCCACGGAUGAAGUCAGACGAUGAGGCGUGUCGGAAUGGUUACAGACCCAUCUACUCCCCGGUGACCCCCGUGACUCCGGGCACACCUGGGCACACCAUGCACUUUGAGAAUAUUUCUUCCCCAGAAAGUUCUCCAGAAAUAAAGAGACGCACUUACAGUCAAGAGGGAUAUGACAGAUCUUCAACCAUGCUAACACUGGGGCCUUUUAGAAAUUCCAGUUUAACUGAGCUGGGUCUGCAAGAAAUAAAGGCCAUCGGUUACAGCAGCCCUAGGAGCAGGCCCGAAGUCAGCAGGCAGUGUCUUGGAGAAAAGGAACCCGCGUCAGACCUUCCCCUGGGACUCGACGCAGUCGAGCCGUCCGCCUUGCAUAAAACCCUGGAAGCCCCAGCACACGACAGGCCCGAGCCCAGCAGCCAGCUGGAGCCCACGCUCUCGGGCCGGGGCACCUUGUAUUCCUCCUGGGGGAAGAGUCCCGACAGGACAGGCGUCAAUUUCUCAGUCAACUCCAACCUGCGCGACCUGACGCCCUCGCAUCAGCUGGAGGUCGGAGGCGGCUUCCGAGUGAGCGAGUCCAAGUGUCCGCUGCAGGACGACGGCAGGCCCCUGUUCCUGGACACGGCCGCCUUCUGCGGCGCCGACGAGGGGCUCGCGGCGGGCUUCGGCCGCUCGCUCCACGACAACUUGAUGGAUGGGAGUUGCACCCCCCAGAACCCACCACAGAAGAAAAAGGUUUCUCUACUGGAAUACCGGAAGAGGCAACGCGAAGCCAGGAAGAGCGGCUCCAAGUCUGAGAGCUUCCCGCCAGCCGCGGGGUCGCCUCAUGCCAGCGGCAGCGCCAGCAGCGACGGCUGUGCCCACAGCGCCGAGAGCGGGGAGCAGGUGCCCGGCAGCGCCGGCCCGCCCUUCCCCACGCCUGCCGCGGCCCAGGGCGCUGCUUCGGAGGAGUCGGGCAGCCACUGUCCUGUGAAGGAGGCUGCCGCCGCCGAGAAGAAUGAGCCGGAAGUUCAGUGGACCGCUUCGACCUCAGUGGAACAGGUGAGAGAAAGGAGUUACCAGAGGGCUCUCCUCCUCAGCGACCACCGGAAGGACAAGGACAGCGGGGGAGAGUCACCAUGUGUGUCAUGCUCACCGAGUCAUGUCCCGUCCUCACCUUCAUCUCAUUCAAACCACACUCCCCGGGUGCCGGCCAAGGGCCUGGCCUCUCUGAGUGAGCUGACGGAAGAUGCUGAUCCUGAAAAUCUAGACCCCGUGGCUACAAACCAAUGUCCAUCCCCAGAUGCUUCACAACCCUCUUGUAAAAGCCCUUCAAAAACAAGUAAGCCUGGUUCUCCUGCUCACCCACAGGGCAAAGGUCCCACGCAGCCGGAGCCGCAGUGGGAGGCCCCGGACGCCGAGCCCCAGCACAGACAGCUCUGCAGCCACAGCCAGGCCCUUCCCAAGCCGCCUCUUCCUCAGCCACAGGUUCGCAGUUCAUCUGAGCAACUUCCACAAAAGCUGCCUUCUGCCCCCGCGAAAUCGCACUGUCCUCCAUCACCUCACACGGAGACGCCCCCCAAGUCGUCUACACCGCACCCCCCGGCGCAGCACCUUUCCCCCAAGCCGCCCUCCCAGCAGCUAGGGUCUCCGUACCGGCCUCACCACGCGCAGUCCCCUCAAGUGGGCACACCCCAGCGGGAGCCUCCCAGGAACUUCUACCCCGCCGCGCAGAGCCUCCCGGCCAGCACCCAGCAGGCCGCCUCGGGAGCCUUAUUCACCCCGCCACCCUCAGGACAGCCCUCGGCCACCUACGGUCAGUUUAACCCACCGAGCCUCAGCGGCCUCAGCAGCACGGCGCCCCCGCCGCCGCCCCCGCCGCCCCCUUCGUCCUCGUCCUCCUAUUACCCAAACCAGCAGCCCUCUGCGAGCUUCCAGAGUUACCCUCAGCUCAAAGGGAGUCUGUCCCAGCAAACCGUGUUUACAUCAGGACCAAGCCAAGCACUUCCUGGCGCCGUGAGCCAGCAGCCCGUCCCCGGACACCACGUUACUCCGGGGCACUUUCUGCCCAGCCCGAACCCGGCCGUUCACCAUCCAAGCCCCUCGGCCCCGGUGCCCCCGCCGCCGCCGCCGCCUGCUCCGGGCCCCCACCUCGUGCAGCCGCAGCACCCCGUGGCACACGUGGUGGGGCCCGUCCACGCCGUCACCCCGGGGUCGCACGUCCAUUCGCAAACGGCGGGACACCAUCUGCCGCCGCCGCCCCCGCCGCCCGGCCCCGCUCCCCAGCACCACCCACCGCCCCACCCCGGCGCGGGGCUGCAGGGCCUGCCCGCACAGCACCAGCACGUCCUCAGCUCGGCGCCGCCCCCGCCGCCGCCCCCGCCGCCCUCGGCGCAUCACGCGUCGGGCCAAGCCUUACACCGCCCGCCCCACCAAGGACCUCCGCUCUUUGCGUCGAGCGCUCAUCCCGCCGUGCCGCCGUAUCCCUCGCAAGCCACGCACCACACCCCCCUGGGGCCGGGGCCCCAGCACCAGCCUUCGGGGACAGGGCCGCACUGUCCAUUGCCAGUCACGGGUCCUCACCUCCAGCCCCAAGGACCAAACAGUAUUCCGACACCUACCGCUUCAGGGUUCUGUCCUCACCCUGGCUCUGUGGCCCUGCCGCAUGGGGUUCAAGGACAACAGGCCUCUCCGGUACCGGGCCAGAUUCCAAUUCUCAGAGCACAGGUGCCACCGACGUUUCAGAACAAUUACCAUGGCUCAGGGUGGCAUUAAAAUGGACUCUCAAAACAUUUUUUUAAAUGUUCUGUAAGAUAAACUGUAUAUUUCAUAUGUACCUGUUAAAGGUACUUUUUAAAGCUUGUACAUGAAACUUUGUAUAAAAACAAAAAGAAAAAAACACCAGUGCUCUUUCAUUGUAUGUUUCUCAGUUUCGCUUUUCAAAAUUCCUUUCAAAAUGUGCUGUUAAGCCAGUAUUAGGUAUCUUUUUAUUUGGUGAACAUUCCAGCUAUUUUUUUGACAAUAGGUUUAAUGCUACAUGAUCUUUAAAUUUUAUCGUUGCAAUUAAAUUCGUUAGGGAAGAUUUUUCUGUAUUGUUUCCGACUUGUGCAUCAGCACACGGCUAAGCGACGGCGCUCUGAGAUCUGCACUUUCCGUCAGCCCGUGCGUCUCGGUACAAACGCAAUACGGAUCUUCAGAGUUUGGUGCGGACCGGCCUCAUUUGCUUUUAUCGGUUAUUUGCAAGCAAAAUGUAAUUUAAUGUAUAGACUAUUUCUACUGUCUCCCGAUAAACUGUAAAUAUGGCAUUUCUUUUGCGUAUAUAAUUGCUUACAGCUUCUCAUUUGAUAUGGAGCAUUGUACAUAUGACAAGUCUUUUGCAAAACUGUGUGAUCUUUGUGAAAGUAGUACAGUAUAUGAUCUUUAAUUUUUUUUUAAAUUUUAAAUAUACUGUCACACUGAAGCACUGGUUGGGCAUUUUAAUUCAUGUUAAUAAAUCACAAUUAUGUCAGUUUUA